CAGCGACAGCGCCGGACUCGAGGCAGUGACGCAGGCGGCUCGGCUGCGCUGCUGGGGCUGCUCCCGUCCCUCCAGCUGCGGCGCAGCGCGGCACCUUCCUAGCCAUGAGGGCGCGGGCAGCGCAGGAGGGCGCGGGCAUGAUCCUGGCGGUGCUGCUGCUCUGUGGCCUCGGCCAGCUGGGCACGGCCGCCCCUGGCUCACAAGGUGUGAAGUGCGUGGUCUUCAAUGACGAGUACAUGACCUGCAUGUGGGGCGACCAGGAGGACCAGCCGGCUGCCAACUACUCGCUCUACUACUGGUACCAGCAUCAGCCGGCGGUGACGGAGUGCCGGCGUUACCUGCGGCACAACGGCAUCAACACGGGCUGCUGGUUCAGCCACAGCGAGAUCACGCUGUUCCAGACCUUCCGGGUCCACGUCAAUGCGAGCCACGGCAGCAGGAUCCAAGUCAUCCCCACCUACGACAUGAAGCUCCAGGACCUUGUGAAGCCCGACCCGCCAGUGAACCUCACGCUCCAGAACAUGAGCAACCAUCAGCUGCAGCUGAGCUGGCACACGCCGUACCCCCGUCAACAGUGUGUGGAGCAUGCCGUGCGCUACAAGAGCAACAAGGACACAGACUGGACGGUGCACGGGGUGAGCGGUCAGCUAUUCUCCUUCCCCAGCGUGGAUGAGGAGAAGAAAUACACCUUCCAGGUGCGCAGCAAGAUCAACCAGUACUGCGGCUCCACGCAGCUCUGGAGCGAGUGGAGCGUCCCCAUGUACUGGGGCAACACAAUGGCCCACAACUCCACCGGGGAGCCGAUGCCCCGGUACUGGGUGCGGACAGUCCUGAUCCCAGUGGUCUCCGGCAUGGUGCUGCUGGUCCUCGUUGUGAUGCUAGUCCGCAUGGAGAGAGUGUGGGUCGUCUUCAUGCCGCAGGUGCCCAACCCCAGCAAGACCUUCGACGAGCUCUUCAACACCCACAAGGGCAACUUCCAGGAAUGGGCCGGUGUCCCCAAGGACGUGGUGGAGAGCUUCACACCCAACUACAGCGAGAGCAUCUGCCACGUCAGUGAGCUGCUCCCCAAGGAGGGCCAGGAGCCUGUUACUGACAGCAGGGCCCCCCUAGGCCCCAGAUCUGGGCCCCUUCCUUUAAAGAAGGACAUUGGGGGCCUGUGAAGGCACCAGCAGGCUUCCCCCAACCCCCUGCCCAGCUCCCAACACCCCCAUCCCAUGUCCUGCCCCAAGCCAGUGCCCAACACCUU